AUGAGCUACCCUGGCAGCAACCAGCAGCAGGGAGGCUACCCUCCACCACCACCUCCACGUCGCUACAGCAGCGACUCCACUGGCUACCCCGCACCACCCGGAGGAGGAGCCCCAGGUUACCCGCCUGCCCCCGGAGGCGGAUACGGUCCACAAGGAGGAUACGAUCAACCACCGAGCGGCCCUCCACGGAAUGGGCCGGGUUAUGGUGGUGGUAUGCCACAACCAGGCGGUAUGCCACAACCAGGCGGUAUGCCACAACCAGGCGGUAUGCCACAACCAGGCGGUAUGCCACAGCCCGGAGGCAUGCCUCAACCUGACAGAGGCUAUGGACCCUCUGCGGAUCAAUACGGUCCUCCUCCACCGUCCCCUUACAGCUCUGGUUCUAAUACAUCCUUCGGACCGCCGCCUGCACCAUACGGAAGACCACCGAGCCGGCAGACAUCUAGCGAAUACCCGCCAGGGCCGUACAACGCACCACCAGCCUCUGGCGCCUAUCCACCACCUCCCCAAGGCGGCUACAGUGGACACGGGACCGGUUAUAGUGAUAGGGGUGGACGGGACGGCAACUACGCCAGCGAUCGCAGCGGCAGUUACGACGGAGGCCCCAGCCGCUGUGGAUCAAACACCAGUUACGGCCCCGGACCGUCUUCCAGCUAUGACGGAGCGCCAAGUGGAGCGGGAGGAGGCAACAGGUUCAACGGCUGUGUUCGUCCCUCGGCGACCGGCCGCUCCUUCACUGCGCAUGCGCCAACUGCCACCCUCUCCACUCUCUUCGCGCUCACGUGA